AUGCUGAGGCUACAGUACUCUCAAGUGGUCAAUGUGCCCAGUAACACUGGGUUCGUACUUCCCCGUUUGCUGGAACAUAUUCCUCACCCAUUACUAACAGACAUUAUCUUUUCCCCCGGAAAGGUAAAGGCUAAGCUCAUGGCUUUGAAGCAGAACUCAUCACCGGGUUUAGAUAACAUCCAUUCACAAGCCCUUAUCACUCUGGCAAGUCACAUAGCCGAUCCUCUAGGUGGGCUAUACCAAAAACCGUUUGAAGAUACCGUGCUUCCUCAGGUGUGGAAAAACGACGUCAUUUCACCAAUUUACAAAGGUGGCUGCCGUAGUGACCCAGCCAACUACCGACUAGUCACGCUGCUUCCAGUGUUGUCCAAAGUCAUGGAAUUUAUUGUUGCUGAUUCCGUAAUGGAUCAUCUGGAGAAAAGUGGCCUACUAUAUCCAGUCCAGCGCGGGUUGCGACAAAAUCGUUCCUGUGCAACUAAUCUGCUUUUGGCUCGGGACGAUUGGACUUAUGCUGUAGAUCAAGGCAAAGGAGUUGAUGUCAUUUAA